AUGCUAUUCUUUCAGAGGUCUCUGCUGCCUAUCUUUGGCGCGCGACAAAUACCAAGACUUUUCGGCAGGAUACCAAGCAUACCAAGCGCUGUGAGCAUUCCAAAUGUUCGUUCUUUUCAAAACUCUUCCAUUUUGAUGCGUACACUAAACCAGUCCAUGAAGAAGAAAAACAAGAAUGUGUCAAACACGAAUCAACAACAGUCAUUAUCACUUGAGGGUGGUCCCUUCAGACGAGGCGUGUGUACGCGUGUCUUUACAGUGAAACCAAAAAAACCAAACUCCGCUGUCCGUAAAGUCGCAAGAGUUCGUCUUUCAUCGGGCCGAUUUGUUACUGCUUACAUUCCAGGAAUUGGUCAUAAUGCUCAAGAGCAUGCUGUCGUGUUAGUUCGAGGAGGUAGAGCGCAAGAUUGUCCUGGUGUCCAGUAUCACAUUAUCCGAGGCGUAUACGAUAUUGCUGGUGUUGUAGGCCGUGUUUCGUCGCGGAGCAAAUACGGAGUGAAAAAACCAAAGACUACUUGA